AUGUCACUAUCGAUCGACCGCUAUUAUCGUAGUGCCCCCAUCCCGAUUUCCACCACACGUGGUUCUGGUGUUGCAGCUCAAUGGAGCUACACCCACUCGAUGAAUGCCCCUGCAUGCUCCGGGGUUGCUGGCCCUGGACCCCAAGCGCCCUGUAGGCACGCCUGUGGAUCCACCAAUGAAUGCCCCUCCAUUCUCAGGGGUGGCUGCCCUUGGACCCCAAGCGCCCUGGAGGCCAGCUUGUGGCAGCAGGUGCCCUCCUCGUUUCAGCGCCUGUGGCAGCCCGCGUGCCUGGCCCCGCGACGAACUUGGCUGUUGCGGAUGAUUUCGCACCUUUCUUUUGAUGUGAGCUGUGUUGUGCCCACCAUCCUCCCCUGUCCCAAUCAACAAGUUGAUUCUCUCUUUGUAUACGUUUUUUGGGGUGUAUAAAUUAUGUUGAUCCUA